AUGCUUUCCAAGCUGCUGCUGAUCCUGGCCUCGGCUGCCACCCUGGCGAACAGCCAGUCUGCCUCGAGCAUCGAUCCGAGCUCCGUGCCUAUUGCCACCCGGCAGGCAUGGUGCACCGCUCAGAAAUCCGCCUGUCCCCUCCUGUGCCUGCAAAUCACCACCGGUGUGCCCCAGGUCAACAACUGCUCUGCCGAAACCCUAAGCUACAGCUGCAUCUGCAGCAACAGCGUCGCCCCCAAUGCCUCCGAGUACUCCCAAACCAUGCCCUACUUCAUCUGCACCGAAGCCAACAGCCAAUGCAUAAAGAACUGCGCCGACUCUGCCUGCCAGUCCAAGUGCCAGAGCGACAACCCCUGCGGAGCCCAGAACCCACCCCGCGUGAACGUCACGACUACCACCGCGUCGUCUGCUGCCGCCAGCACAACUUCCGCCGCCGCCACCGUCGUUGAGACCGGUGGUGCAACUGGUGCUGCGCCGCGGGCCUACUCUGUCGACAUGGGACAUGUUUCUGGGCUCUGUGUGCUCGUUGGUAGCGUUGUUGCCGGCCUUGCGGUGCUGCUGUGA